AUGACUCACAUGUUAUCACCCGAGCAUGCCCUGCCACAUGGAUAUAUAGUCACUGAUGCCACGUCAUCAUAUGUGGCACGACAUGCUGACAUGACAAUUGCGUCAUUAUUCAUAUGCGCAUUGUCUUUGUCAAAAUUAGCUGAAGAGUUGGGUAGAGAACCCACAUUGGACGAGGUAUUUCUAAGAACUCAUAUUCGUAAGAAGGACUCAUCUUGGGUUGAUCUUAGAUCUCAAAACACUUAUGAUAGUUUUCAGAUGAAGUUGAAUCAGGCCUCGGAAGGUGCGGAUGAGAGUGGCUCCCAAAUGGUCGACUCUGCGACUCGUUUAAAGAUGUGGGCCCAAUCAGCUGGGGGGAAAAAUCGAGGACGUCUCUAUGGUGUUGGAGAUAGGUCCUCGAAUUAUAGACCAGGUGUUUCAAGUCUCGCCCCAGACACACUUGAGGAGCGAGCAAAGGCAGCAGAGGAUGAGGUUCGAAAUACAAGGGAGCAACUUAGGCAAGCCGAGCUUAAGCGACAAAAAGAAGUUUAG